UUCGACACUUGACAGUAAAUAAACAAAGUAGAAUGCAAAAGUCAAUAAUCUUUACUUUACGUAAUUUAAUUAAAUAUAAUGUGGAGUAGCUCAUAACAAUAAAUUAGCGAACAUGAAUCAAAAUCAUUCCAAAGAUAUACGAUCCUUUAAUUACAAUCCAGUAGGCCGAGCGCAUUCCACGCUUAGUGUCUCUGCCAUAGACUGUUAUAUGAACUUACCUGUAAAUAGAACACCAUCACCCGCAUUAUCUACUGUUACGCUAACCCCCGGUCGCAUACGAAAUAUAGAUCAAGACAUGGAAGCAUUAAGGGCAUCGCGGCAAGACAAUCCAUUCCUACAGCAUGUAAUAGCCAGUCGAGAAAGUCUCGCCGAUUCUUUGGAUGAUAGUGAAUCUGAUCAUACAAAUUUAAUGUCCCACGAAUUUCCAACGGAUAUAGAUUUAGAUCCAUUUACCCUACCGGAAAUGCAUGAACACAUGAUUCGUAGUCCACCACCGACUACAUGGCCCAAAUCUCCCAAUUUUAAAGUUUUUCAAUUUCCAAAUGGAGAAGAAGAGACUUUGCAUGUCGAAGUAAACACCAAGCUAAAAUCUCCCAAAUCGGAAAUAAAACCGAAGCACAUCAGUUGGGACGGUACAGAAUGUACCUCUCCUCUGAAAGUAUUACCAAGACCACAUGCAUUGCAUCACGAUAGGUUUUCUUUAUUAACUGCAAGUGCUUUACGUUCAAGUGGUGAAGAUAGUGUAAGGCUUAUGUCUUCUGAAGACUAAGAGCUUAUAUUCAAUUAUAGAUAAAUAAAGGCUGUGGAAAACAUUCCACUUGUAGAUCCUAUACAUUUCUGUAUUAUUGUGAUAGGUGUUUUCUAGUCAAAUUUUAUCUUGUUGUUAUUGCAUGUUUUGUUUUCUACAGAUGGUAUUGUAAACUACUGUGUGGUGAAUGUUAAAUGUAGCACGCACAAAUAAUUAUAUAAAGUGGGAUAUUGGCAAAAUUGGAAUUGUCAUUGUUUCUUCGUACAUAUAACUGUAUCAAAUCAUGUCGAAAGUACAUUGUAUUUUAGUUGUUAAAGAGAUAUUUAAAAAAAGUACAAUAGCAAUUAUUGCUUAAAGUAAUAAAGAUUGCUAAGCGGUAUUCUAACUGGGAACUGAAAGUUUCCUAAUAUAUUAUUGUAGAUAAAGUUAUGGUAUCUAGUCACAGAAAAAUGUUUUCCAGUCAUUUUUAUCACUUCUUAGUUAUGACUUCUACUAAUUUAGGUUUCUCAAGUAAUUCUUAUAGCAAAAAAGGGAAGCUAGAGGUGAUGUGAAGUUAUUUUAACGCAUUGUUAUUAUGCAGAUGAGAUGCCUAUUUGGAACAAUUACAAUUAUGAAUGAUUAAUCAAAAACUAUCUGGAAUUACUUGCUAUACCUACUUACUUUCACCAUUGAAUAAAAACACUAUAAGAAGCCUAACCCCGUGGAAAUAAAGCGCGACAGAGAUUGAACUGAGAAUAUAAUGGAAACACUGUCAAUAGUGUCGAUUCUUGAACUGAGAAGAAUG